AUGUUGCCGCAGCUCCUCCUCCGCCGCUUCCCCUCCGCGGGCGCCCACCGCCGCCGCUACCAGGGACACGCCCACCGCCGCCGCCUCAGCUCGUCGUCGGAGGUGGCGGGAGGCCCCGGAUGGCGGCGGCAGCACGAGGAGGAGAGCAAGGCGGUCAAGGUGUCGGUGUGGUGGGACUUCGAGAACUGCCACGUCCCCCAGAACGUCAACGUCUGCCGCGUCGCCCAGCGCGUCUCCGCCGCGCUCCGCGCCGCCGGCGUCCGCGGCCCGCUCUCCAUCACCGCCUUCGGGGACGUCGUCCAGCUCUCCCGCGCCGCGCAGGAGGCGCUCGUUGCCACCGGCGUCGUCAUCUCCCACGUCCCAAGCAGUGGAAAGAACAGUUCUGACCGGUCAUUUAUGGCUGAUCUUGUCUACUGGAUUGCUCAGAACCCUCCACCAGCUCAUUUUUUCCUCAUAUCUGGGGAUAAAGAUUUCGCCAACAUUUUGCAUCGGUUGCGAAUGAGCAACUAUAACAUACUACUUGCUUGUCCUGGUAAAACUACCAGUGUACUGUGCAAUGCAGCGACGAUUAUGUGGCCUUGGGAAGCUUUAGUGAAAGGGGAAAAUUUCUCACCAAAGCGUUUUAACCACCCACCAGAUGGUUUAUCUGGAUCUUGGUAUGGUCACUACAAAGGAGCCCUUGACGACCCCUUCGUGGAAGCUGAAUCAGAAGAAACCAUUGCAACACCAGUACCAUCUGAUGAAAAAUUAUGCCAUAAUCCCAAAAAUGCAGUUACUGCAGUCCCCAAAGAUGUGGUUGAUGGGAUACGAGAGGCACUGAAUUCGUAUCCUAAUGGGGUCAAGCUUUCAAUUCUUCUUCAACAACUCAAGAAGAACAAUGUGCCUCUUGGUAAUGAUUUCUUUGGCCACAAAAAGUUGUCUUGCCUUCUCCUAUCAAUGCCAGAUAUUGUGAAGUUUGUUGCUCGUUCAUCUGCUUUAAGAGAGCCAUGUGUAGUUGGGGUGAACAAAAAAUUACUGGAACCUGCUGAACAAUGUUUUGAGCCCCUGAGUUCUGUUGAAAGUGAUGUCAACGACAAUAACCGCGGUCGAGCAACACACAAUGAUAAGAAGCCUCCAUCCUCCGUGUCCACUUCUUCUCCUGAACAAAACUGUAAAACCCUAGGUUCUCAAAGUAUCACUAGGGACAGAAGCUUCAAGCAGACUGUCUAUGAGAACCCAGCUGCAUCUGCUGUAUCAUCUUCCCCACAAGAUGUCUUACCUGAGGAUCAAAAGGUGUGCUCAGCAGCUGAUAUGAAUGCAAGGCCAGAAUCACCUGCCAACCACAAGGAAGUUGAUGCCCCUGGAACUCCCUCUUCCUUAGGGGUGGAAAAUACUGUUAACAGUGAUGGGCUAUUAAAAAGGCCAACCACAAGGCCAAAAUCAUCUGCCAACCACAAGGAAGUUGAUGCCCCUGGAACUCCCUCUUUCUUAGGGGUGGAAAAUACUGUUGACAGUGACGGACUAUUAAAAAGGAUCUGGGUACUAUGGAAUGGUCCUGAGAGUGCUAAUCGUGAGGUUUCUCCAUGUCAUGAAGGCACUUCUGCUGAAGUCGCUGAUUUGGGAACUCCUCAGCAAGAUUGCAAUACUGAUCAACGUAGCAGGCUUUUGAAUAGGAUCCAUAAGACCUCUUCCCGGAACAGAAGGUCAGAUGUAAGAGAUGGCUCUGCAGCGAUGACUGUUAACUCUUCAACUUUGUCUGACCAUGACCAUUCUGAAAAACAUGCAGAAGAGACAGAAAAGUUAAAGAGGGAUCUGCCUAUUCUCCAGAACUCGAAACCAUGCACUGGACCUGCAUCUGUUCCAUUGUGUAAAGAUGGAGGUGAUACCUCCAAGAUGAGCAAGGGCUUUUUUAGUUGGGUAAUGCGGUGGUGGAAAUUUGGAAAAUUGGAUGGAGAUAACAGUAUAGCCAUGAAAAAUGGCAUUGAUGAAGCAAAGACAGACAUAAUUGAGGAAUCUCAAUCUUUGAAGGCUUCAACUUGUGAAAAUGAGCAGCAAGUAGUUAAUAAAAUAUUCACAAGAUUUUACUUUUGGGAUGUGCUAGGGAAACAGCUAUCGAAGCCCAUUGGGUCUGAGCUUGUUUCGAAAGCAAAGACAAGGGAGGAGUUGGUACAUGGAUUGCAGAAUUUAGAUUGUUGGCCUCUCAAAGGCCUUGUCGAGAAAGAUGUCAAUCAUCUGAUUCAUUUGUUACUUUCAGAAAAGAAAUGGAUCGAGGAAACUCCUUCUAGCGAUUUUCCUUUCCGUCUUACACUCCCUCAAAAGAGAACGCGCACUCCACCAAAUUCUAGCACAACAAGCACUCCACCAAAUUCUAGCACAACAUGCACUCCACCAAAUUCUAGCACAACAUCCACUCCACCAAAUUCUAGCAAGUUUGAUCUGAGUUCUCUCUUUAAUGUCAAGCCAUUGGAGCAGGGUAAAUAUGGUGGUGACAAAGGUAGGACAAAUAGGACUCCGAACAGGGAGGAAACAUUGUCUGAUUGCCACAAGCUAUUGAAGGACCUUCUCCUGCAAUACAAAUAUGGAUUUAACAUCAGCAUUUUCAAGCGUCAGUUUGCUCAGAAGCACGGAUAUGAGCUUGACCACCAGAAGCUUGGAUAUGCAGACAUUGAGUCACUGUUGCAGAUUAUGCCUGGUAUAAGGGUAGAAUUUCCCAGGGUUCUGCCUGCAGAAAAUGGGAAUGAUCAGGGUGGCAGUAAGGGUGAUGGAAAUCAAAGUAAUGGCGAUGAUUCCAUCUGGGGGGAACUUGGCCCUGUAUCUGCCACUGCCAAAACUGCUGAAGGAGUUGAUAAAGAAACUUGCUACCGGCCUCCCACCUGCUCAGAAGACAAUUUCUCUGACGAUGAGAAUCAAGCAGAGCAAGAGCCCAGAAGGGGCGCUGAGCAGAGCUCGCUCCUGAAAAUCAUUGAUUCCUGGAACGGCAGCAAGGAUGGCUCUGGCAAGAAACCUCAAGAGAUUGACGGGGUCAUGGAUUGUUCCAGGAGCAGUCCAGGUUACCUUGACACUCUGAGGGCCACAAGGCAGCAGCAGCAGACACAGAAGCAGUAUUCGUUUGUUUCAUCAGACUCGGAAGAGGAUGAAAGCAAGGAUAAGCUUGUGGACAGCGUGUUGGGCAGUCUGCAGAAAGCGCGAGGCGCAAAGGCGUCUAAUUGAUGAACUGGUAAUCGCAGCAACGCCUGUUUUCCUUUUCUCUUUGAGCGGCAGAAUUGCAGCAGCCACCCCGUUGCCAUACUGAAAGCUGGCAUGCUCCUCGUUCGGAUUAUGUUCUUCGUCAGCUCAUCAAAUCAGCGCGACAUGUUGGGCGGCGCAGCGGCCAUAUACAUCUCAUCUCCUUAGUUUAGAGGGUAUUUAUAUUAUUCUUGUAUAAGGCUAACCGACAAGCUUCAUUUAGCAUGGCCUUUUUAGUUUGCUGAGGGUUCACUGGUAUCGAAUAAACUGGACCACUGCGAUUCGUUGGCAAGGCCUCGCUGGGCCUACCAAAACGUCUAUGGAGGGAGUACCAUAUGAUAUGGUUGAGUUUCUACGUCGGGGCAGAGAAAAAUAGUUGUUUCCAGUUGCCUUGUUGCAACUGCAAUAUUUUGUUGCUGAUUCUUAUAUUUUCGCUA